UGGUCACGACGCAAAACUCUAACCUAUUGGGUUAUUAGUUGCUAAUUGGCUCCACUAUUCUCUCUUUAGUUAGUCGCUAAUUACGUGUUAAAGAUACAAGCGACCUGCUAAAUUGAUAUUCAACCUAGCACAUCACGAUGCUUUAUCUUCUGUUUUUGAUAAGAUAUCGGAGUGCUUCAAAAGGCGUAUUUAGUUGCUAUUUUACCAGCAUAUCAGCCGCCACACUACCCUACUAUACUUUUGGCUACGCAAACCUUACCACCACUUUAAAAACGAGGUAGCGGAAAACAGAAUUCCAAAGCAGUAGCAAGAACGUGUAAAGGAUUAACAUGCCACGAGGACGCCCAGCCAACAUCGACAGGCAACUUAUUAUUGAAUGUGUACUGAAACACAAAAAUGAAAUCAUUGUAAAUCGAAAACACAAUUCUAUCGUCACAAAGACACAUCCAGUGUGGAAAACCCUUUCUACAGAAUUACUCGGCAGAAUCGCGGCCCGUACUUUGUACUCUUACGUAGCGAAUGACACAUUCUCAUUAAAAAAAUUAUUGUUUGGCACGGAUUAUGUCGCAAGGGAAUUAUUGAAUACUUCGAGCGAAAGUGAGCAAUCGACAUCUGCCAACGAACUCGACCUUAGAUCCAUAAUAACAUUUAGCGAAAGUGAAUUCAAUGAACUGAUUUCGCAAACUCUAAGGCAGACGGCAGACAAGAAAAGGAAAAGAAUAUUUCGCGUGGUUAAUAUUUUAAAACCACAUAUCUGGACUGAAAUAGUAUCGAAAAAAAUUUAUGAUGAGCAUCGUUUACUCCACGGCUACCAUUUCAAAAGCCGUUACGUGAAUCGAAACAAAAAAUCAUAUGGAUUUGAAGGUCACUGCAAAUGUGGAAGUAAAGUAAGUUGCGAACUUUUGCCACGCACCGGAAAUGAAAAAUUCAUUAAAUUCAGCUGUAUCGCAUCUGCUGGCAAUGGGGAAUGCGGUAAAGGACAAUCUCGUGUAGAGUACCGAGAGAGAGUAGCUUCAACUUUGGAAAACGAAUCGACCGAGCUUUAUCGAGUUGAAAACGCCGCGAUACUCAAAUACGAAUACGAAAGCGAUUCAACCGAGCCGCCGCAUUUGCAUAGUGCGGAUGUUUCAAGAACUAUAGAAUAUCAGUCACAGCAGCCAAAAUAUAAAGACCUUCAACCCAUUCACGCAAUUGCCGAGCUUAAGAAAUCCGAGAAAGGCCAAAAUGUAGUGAGAGACAUUGGUUUUGAUCCAAUGAUAGUCCAUUUUUGGUCACCAAAUCAAAUCCGCGUAUUUAAUAAACUCUCGAAGGCGAACAACAGCUUUCUUUGCAUCGGCGCCACGGAGGGGAUCGAAAAACCUCAGCAUCUUUUCCUAUACCUCGCGGUUCUUUCAUCUCCGACCGCGCAAUCGGCUGCAUUUGGAAUGAUAUCCGAACGUCAGGAUACAGUCAGCAUUGUCACUUGGCUGAUGCGCUGGAUUCAGUCUGGUGCUGAGUACCCCAAAGAAGUGGUUUGUGAUUCAUCUAAGGCUCUACUCAAUGCUUGCUGUUUGGUAUUUACGGGCUACGAAACGAGUGAAUCCUACGCCAACGCAUGCAUGACAAGCGUAUUACCAAGGACUAAAAUUGGUAUUGAUGUUGCUGAUUAUGUCAACAAUUGGGCGAAAUAUCUGGCAAUGGAAAAUAAAGGAGUAAACAAAUUCUUCAUGUCCUGCAUUGCCCAAUUGAUUAUUUGCAGAAGUCAAACAGAAGCCACUAAGAUAAUAGAAUCACUAUUGCUGAUUUCAACAAGCAAGACCGCUGGAAACGGAGCAUCAUCUCUAAUAGCGGCUCUACAAUACAUGAACAAGAUGAGCAAGGAAUUUGCAGCAGAUAUAGAGGAAGUUUUGAACCUAAGUUUACAACGCAACAAGUACGCUAAUGUGGAAAUGGAAACUGAAGUCGAAGAGAAAUGCACAAAUGAAGAUAACAACGAGUUGAAGAAUUGGAUCGAUUCGAUGGAACAAAGAGUGGCGUCUAUAAUGGAAGAAGAGGUGGGAGACGACUCAAAUCCUCGGUACUGUCCGACAUUUGCUAAACGUCUGCUGAAACAACUACCGACAAUUCCAGUUUGGUCUAGCAUAUGCCAGGCCAAUUUCGGAUUCGGACUGAUGCCAGCCAGCAAUGCUCCUGUCGAGCUUGAACUCAAAUCAAUCAAAGAUGAAAUUCUGAGUAAAGAUCAACGAGUGGACAUUGCGUUAGAAAAUCUCAUUACUUACUUCGACGACAAACUCAACAUUUGAGUAUUUAAAUAUGUAUUUAGUUAAGUUUUCGAAAGACUUGAAUAUAUGUACUUGUCAUACAUGACAUUUUUAAAUUAA